GGUCAGCGCCCCCGGUCCGGGCGGGCGCGAGUUGGGGCGGGAUCUGGCGCGGAUGGGGGCGGAGCCGCCGGUGCUGACUGACAGCCUGACUGCGCGGCCGGGACAGUCCCUCCGUUCCCGAUCCGGCGGGAGGGAGGGGGGAGGGGCGGGAUUUCCUGCGGGAGGCGCCGAGCCGGCCUUGGAAAAGGAGAAGGAGAAAGGGGGGCAGGGGGGGAGUGGGAGCCACCGUCCUGAGUGCCAGGGACCGAGCAGGGCCAGCCGGACCCCGGCGGGCGGCCGGGAGAGAGCCCUGAGACCAGUGCACCGCUGCUGCCUGAGGCCCAAGGGAAUGCUGGCUGCUCUCUGGGUGGGCACUGGUGUUCCGCAGCCAAGCCGGGAAGAUUGGUGUGCCCAGUGCCGGCCCAUCCCAGAGCUGUCGGAAGCCACAAGCUGACAUCCAUCCAGAUUUCCACGUAGCCUCUCCACCCCCUCAAAGAUUAGCUUUCCUUCGUGUGGUGGCAGUUCACGGAGCACCUUUGGGAGUAUCCCUCAGCACCUGACGAGGAGCCCGCUGCCUGGGACACCAGACUUGCUCCCCGGGAACCGGGAGCCCUCCAAGGGGCUGCAGCAUGGCGCCCUGACGCCCCAGCUUGGACCCGUUGCCUGCCUUUGCCCUGGACUCCUGAGCGCAGAGCUCAGCCCAGGAGCCAGUAUGGGUCGUGAACAGGACCUGAUCCUCGCUGUCAAGAAUGGAGAUGUGACCGGUGUGCAGAAACUGGUGGCGAAGGUCAAGACCACAAAGACAAAGCUCCUGGGCUCCACAAAGAGGCUCAACGUGAACUACCAGGAUGCUGAUGGAUUCUCUGCCCUCCACCAUGCUGCUUUGGGGGGCAGCCUGGAGCUCAUAGCCUUGCUGCUAGAGGCUCAGGCCACUGUUGACAUCAAGGACAGCAAUGGCAUGCGCCCGCUGCACUACGCAGCCUGGCAGGGCCGGCUGGAGCCUGUGAGGCUGCUGCUGCGCGCCUCUGCAGCCGUCAAUGCCGCCUCACUGGACGGACAGAUCCCCCUGCACCUGGCUGCGCAGUAUGGACAUUAUGAGGUGUCAGAAAUGCUUCUCCAGCAUCAGUCCAACCCAUGCCUGGUCAACAAGGCCAAGAAGACGCCCCUGGACCUGGCCUGUGAAUUCGGCCGACUCAAGGUGGCCCAGCUGCUUCUGAACAGCCACUUAUGUGUGGCACUGCUGGAGGGCGAGGCCAAAGACCCAUGUGACCCCAACUACACCACGCCCUUGCACUUGGCUGCCAAGAAUGGCCACAGAGAAGUCAUCAGGCAGCUCCUGAGAGCUGGGAUCGAGAUCAACCGCCAGACCAAGACGGGUACGGCGCUCCACGAGGCUGCACUGUAUGGCAAGACCGAGGUGGUACGGCUGCUUCUGGAGGGAGGUGUGGACGUGAACAUCCGGAAUACGUAUAACCAGACGGCGCUGGACAUAGUGAAUCAGUUCACCACCUCCCAGGCCAGCCGGGAAAUCAAGCAGCUACUGCGGGAGGCCUCAGGGAUCCUGAAGGUCCGAGCGCUCAAGGAUUUCUGGAACCUCCACGAUCCCACUGCUCUCAAUGUCCGGGCAGGGGAUGUCAUCACGGUGCUAGAACAGCAUCCCGACGGCCGCUGGAAGGGCCAAAUCCACGAGAGCCAGAGGGGCACAGACCGCAUAGGCUACUUCCCCCCGGGCAUCGUCGAGGUGGUCAGCAAGCGGGUGGGCGUCCCUGCAGCCCGCCUCCCCUCCGCACCCACCCCCCUGCGCCCAGGCUUCUCCCGGACACUGCAGCCUCCUGCUGAAGAACCCCCACACCCUCUUACCUACAGCCAGCUUCCUCGGGUGGGCCUCAGCCCAGACAGCCCAGCAGGUGACAGGAAUAGCGUGGGCAGUGAGGGCAGUGUGGGCAGCAUCCGCAGUGCCGGCAGCGGGCAGAGCUCUGAGGGCACUAACGGCCAUGGCCCUGGCCUCCUGAUUGAGAACGCCCAGCCACUGCCCUCUGCCGGAGAGGACCAGGUGCUGCCAGGACUCUACCCACCGUCCCUGGCAGACAACCUGAGCCACCGCCCUCUGGCCAACUGCCGCUCUGGGGAGCAGAUCUUCACCCAGGACGUGCGGCCAGAACAGCUGCUGGAGGGGAAGGACGCGCAGGCCAUUCAUAACUGGCUAAGUGAGUUCCAGCUGGAGGGCUACACUGCCCACUUUCUGCAGGCCGGCUAUGAUGUGCCUACCAUCAGCCGCAUGACACCUGAGGACCUGACGGCCAUCGGGGUGACCAAGCCUGGGCACAGGAAGAAGAUCGCCUCAGAGAUCGCUCAGCUCAGCAUCGCCGAGUGGCUGCCCAGCUACAUCCCAACGGACCUGCUGGAGUGGCUGUGUGCACUGGGGCUGCCUCAGUACCACAAGCAGCUGGUGAGCAGCGGCUACGACUCCAUGGGGCUGGUGGCCGACCUCACCUGGGAGGAGCUGCAGGAGAUUGGGGUCAACAAGCUCGGGCAUCAGAAGAAGCUCAUGCUGGGGGUGAAGCGGCUGGCAGAGCUUCGGCGGGGCCUGCUGCAGGGGGAGGCCCUCAGCGAAGGCGGGCGCCGGCUGGCCAAGGGUCCGGAGCUGAUGGCCAUCGAGGGACUGGAGAACGGAGAAGGCCCAGCUACGGCUGGCCCACGGCUCCUCACCUUCCAGGGCAGCGAACUAAGCCCAGAGCUACAGGCGGCCAUGGCAGGGGGUGGCCCUGAACCACUCCCCCUCCCACCUGCCCGCUCUCCCAGCCAGGAGAGCAUCGGGGCACGCUCCCGGGGGUCUGGCCACUCACAGGAACAGCCUGCCCCACAGCCCAGCGGUGGAGAUCCCAGCACACCCCAGGAGAGGAACCUUCCAGAGGGCACAGAGCGGCCCCCUAAGCUUUGUUCCUCACUUCCAGGCCAAGGACCCCCACCCUAUGUUUUUAUGUACUCCCAGGGCUCACCCUCUAGCCUGGCCCCAGGGCCACCUCCUGGUGCACCCUGGGCCUUCUCCUACUUGGCCGGGCCCCCUGCCACUCCCUCAGACCCGCCUCGACCUAAGCGCCGGUCCCACAGCCUAAGCCGCCCUGGCCCCACAGAGGGGGAUGCUGAGGGGGAGGCCGAAGGGCCGGUGGGCAGCACCCUGGGCAGUUAUGCUACCCUUACCCGGCGGCCAGGACGCAGUGCCCUUGUCCGGACCAGUCCUAGCGUGACCCCAACCCCAGCUCGGGGGACUCCUCGCAGCCAGUCCUUUGCCCUGCGGGCCCGGCGCAAAGGCCCCCCGCCCCCGCCUCCCAAGCGCCUCAGCUCCGUCUCUGGCCCCAGCCCGGAGCCACCUCCACUAGAUGGGAGCCCAGGUCCCAAGGAAGGGGCCACAGGGCCCCGAAGGCGAACACUGAGUGAACCUGCUGGCCCCUCAGAGCCCCCUGGCCCACCUGCCCCGGCUGGGCCCGCGUCAGACACGGAGGAGGAGGAGCCAGGCCCCGAGGGGACGCCCCCAUCUCGGGGCAGCUCUGGGGAAGGGCUGCCGUUUGCAGAGGAAGGGAACCUGACCAUCAAACAGCGCCCGAAGCCUGCUGGCCCCCCGGCCCGAGAGACACCCGUGCCCCCUGGCCUCGAUUUCAACCUCACGGAAUCAGACACUGUUAAGCGGAGGCCCAAGUGCCGGGAGAGAGAGCCACUGCAGACCGCACUGCUGGCCUUCGGAGUGGCCGGUGCCACGCCUGACCCCGCUGCCCCCCUGCCUUCCCCAACUCUUGGCGUGUCUCCUUCAGCUUCUAGCCUUCCCCAGCCCGAGCCCAGCAGCCUUCCAGCCCAAGGAGUUCCAACCCCCCUUGCUCCCAGCCCUGCCAUGCAGCCUCCAGUGCCGUCCUGCCCAGGGCCAGGUCUGGAAAGCUCAGCAGCUAGUCGGUGGAAUGCAGAGACAGAACCCCCGGCCGCCCCUGCUGCCCUCCUCAAGGUGCCCGGAGCAGGAACAGCCUCCAAACCUGUGUCGGUGGCCUGCACCCAGCUGGCAUUUUCUGGCCCUAAGCUAGCGCCCCGGCUUGGCCCCCGCCCGGUGCCUCCUCCACGGCCUGAGAGCACUGGGACUGUGGGCCCAGGCCAGGCCCAGCAGAGACUGGAGCAGACCAGCUCGUCCCUGGCAGCUGCACUGAGAGCCGCAGAGAAGAGCAUUGGCACCAAGGAGCAAGAGGGCGCCCCCAGCGCCUCCACCAAGCACAUUCUGGAUGACAUCAGCACCAUGUUCGAUGCCCUGGCUGACCAGCUGGACGCCAUGCUGGACUGAGCCCUCCAGCAGUGCCCACUGUGAUCUGCCGAAGUCCACUGCCUUUGCCCCAGCACAGAAGAGGCCCCUGCCACCCUAGGGACGGGCCAAGGGCUGGUCAGGCUGAAGUGCCCCUCCUCGCAGGGCCCCUUCCCACUCUAAGCCUGUGGCUGUGGGCACCGCAGCUCUUGUGGGGCAGCCCACCUUAUCAGAACCUGACUAGCGAGGGACCUCCGUUGCAUCUCAGCAACGCCCUCCCAGGGUUUGAUCAAUUGAGCAGGACAGCCCUGCUCCUGGACAGGGACCCUGGUAAAGAGCUCUCUCCUCAGGGAGGAAGCGGGGGUGGGGCUUUGGGGGUGCUUUCUCUGUACCCCCCAGCCUGUGUCCCAAGUUGUGCCAAGGGAAUGCCUCUUGCCACCCACCAUCCUGCCCAGGCCCCGAGAGGCUGGAGGAGGCGUGUGUCUGGCUGGGCCCCCUCUCCGUAGGUGUACAGAGGACAUGUAAAUACACAGCGGUGGUGCCCAGGCAGCUCUUGCCCCCGCCUUCUCUCACUGAGGCAGGGCUAGCAGGGGUGGGAGGCAGUGGGGUUAACAGAUCCCACAAGUCCUAACUUUUCAAUUGUAAAUGUUAUUUUUUAAGCAGAGAGAAAUGCAUAUAUUUUAAAUGGAAUUUAUUCUAUCUAUUAACUGCCUGAGAGGACACAAUGGGGGAGGGGCUUCGGACCACAGCAGGAGCCCCGACUGCCCACCUGAGGGCAGGGAGAGCCUGACCCCAUUGGCCCAGGCCCUGGCUCUGUAACCAUUAACCUCUUCCCCCAACUAACACCAAUGAAAACACCAUUCCACUUGA